UGAGUUUAUAUGGAAGAAAUGCAGUGGCUGUUCUCAAACUCUCUUACAAAGUGAUUUCAAUGUCAACGUGACAGUCUUCAGUAGUUUACGAGAUGAGCGAAACUCGUGGGAGAUAUGACUUCAUUAUUGGUCUGGUGUUGGCUAUGAGUUCCAGCAUUUUCAUUGGAGGAAGUUUCAUCCUGAAAAAGAAAGGACUUCUCCGUUUAGCUAGGAAAGGCUCCAUGAGAGCAGGUCAAGGUGGUCAUGCGUACCUUAAGGAGUGGCUGUGGUGGGCUGGACUUCUUUCAAUGGGAGCUGGCGAAGUAGCUAACUUUGCUGCCUAUGCUUUUGCACCAGCUACGUUAGUGACUCCUUUAGGAGCUCUCAGUGUUCUUGUAAGUGCCAUUCUGUCAUCCUUCUUUUUAAAUGAAAAACUUAAUCUACAUGGAAAAAUAGGGUGUUUGCUAAGUAUACUGGGAUCAACUGUGAUGGUAAUUCACGCUCCACAAGAGGAGGAAGUAGAAACUUUGAAUGAAAUGUCCCACAAACUAGGCGAUCCAGGUUUUGUGGUCUUCGCAACUCUUGUUGUCAUCGUGUCAUUAAUUCUAAUUGUUGUGGUGGGACCUCGCCAUGGACAGACCAACAUUCUCGUGUACAUAACAAUUUGCUCUGUAAUUGGAGCACUAUCAGUCUCCUGCGUGAAAGGUUUGGGCAUCAGUAUAAAGGAAUUUUUUGCAGGAAAACCAGUGCUGAAGCAUCCCUUGUUUUGGAUUCUGCUGCUAAGCCUUAUUGUCUGUGUGAGCACGCAGAUCAACUAUUUAAACAGGGCUCUGGAUAUAUUCAACACUUCGAUAGUGACUCCAAUAUAUUAUGUAAUCUUUACCACCUCUGUUUUAACUUGUUCUGCCAUCCUUUUCAAGGAAUGGCAACACAUGGCGGCUGACGACAUCAUCGGCACCUUCAGUGGCUUCCUGACUAUUAUUGUGGGGAUCUUUUUAUUGCAUGCCUUCAAAGAUGUUAAUUUCACCCUAGCGAACCUGCCCCUCUCUUUGCGGAAAGAUGAUCGAGCAGCAAACGGCACUUUGCUGAGCACAUACGACUGCUUUAAUCAUGAGGAAGAAAGUUCUGCCUGUCUAAGUGAGAUACAGUCCACUGAGAGUCUCUCAGCCAGGAGAAAUGGAAGUCUGUCAGCCUUCUGAAAAUACCUACACGUUACUUAAGGAAACAACAAUUCUGUAACUCUGGAAUUUUAUUUUUUUUUUUUCCUGCUGUGAAAUGUCUGAGCUUGUCUGGAAACUCAUGUACUUUUUAACAGUAUGUGUAGACAAUCGUUAAUUUUUAAGUUUGAUUAGUUUGGAUAAAGAACACUGAAGGGAGUUUUAUUUGCCUUAUUUUUACUUUAAAAAAAUACUAAAAUGACCUCAGACCACAGUUGGUUUUGUUGCUUAAAUUAUGUGUAAAUACUUUCAUUUUGUUCUUCUGUUUUAAGAUGUAUUGCACUAAUGACAAUUUUAUCAAAAAUAAAUUGCUUUAUUUCUGCAUUGGUGGUAAAAAGACUGCAGUGAACCUGAAUCCUUUGUACUUGAGUGGCUGAAGCAUACAUACUAAAACAGGAGCUGCAGUAAGUAAGUGCGUGCUCUUGUCCCAGUUUGUAAAAGAGGAAAGGGAAAGCUACAACCUAGACUAACCCUUUGAAAACAAACAGUGCUUAACUAAAGCUGGAUGGGAAACUUGCAGGAUUGCCAUCAAAAAGCCCCAGCCUUCCCCAAUCAGAGUAACUGGCUGACAGCAACAGCACAUCAUUACCAGGCCCAUGAAACAGCUCCUGCCUGUGAAAUGAACUAACUAACUGCUGCUGUCCUCUGGUAUGUACGUGUCAUACAUGCAAGGAGGGGCCGAGGUGUCAAGAAAGAAAAAGGUUCUUUAAAUUCUGGUUGAAGAAUGGAAUUUGAACUGCUAGCUCAUUUUAUAGGAUGUCACAUUAGCAGUGCUCAGUCACGGAAACGUGUCCCCCCAGCGCUUACACAAGGAAGAGCACAGUAACAGGGAGCGGCAGGGAAGGAGGCGAAACUGCCGGGGAGUCACUGAACUGGCAGCUGUCAUACAGUGGAGUCUGUUACUUUAUGUUUUGGCCUCCAGCCCCGCUGUUUUUGGUGAGAGAGAAUUUAAAAUGAACAAAGGAGGCCUUUUGUGCACCUUGCUUGACUUUUUCUUUGGGAGGAGAAG